AUGUCAUGCAGUCAUUGCUUUUUGAGUACUGUCACGAGCUGCUUCAUCAUUCAUAAUCUUCAGUCAGUCAUCAGGGUAAACUCAAACACAAAGAAAGUAGCGGCCUUGUCCCCGAGAUCGAAGUGGAAGGCAUCACCGUCGAUUGGUCUAAGCAGUGGACAUAGUAGUGCAUCAAUGAUCUGGUUUUUGAGGGAAAAGGCAAAUAAGCCAAAGAGCCCCGAGAAAAGAAGGGAAGCUACUUCCUCUCAAAUUAAAGAGGAUGAUGCACCAAACAUGAAUGAAAUAAAAGCACUUCCUCCACCGGAGAAUUACAGUCCUCCAAUCUCACCACAGCCCCAAUCCGUACCACCGACUCAUCAAGUGACUGAAGAACUAGUGAAUUUGAAGGAUGAUGGAGUAUCAGCUGAUGAACAAGGCAAUAAAUUGGCAUUGGCUUUGUUUUCUGGACCUGCUGCUAAAAAUCCAAAUGAUGCCUGGGAAACAUUCCAGACAGACGGAGCGACUGAAGUGACUUCAGCCUGGCAGAAUCCAGCUGCUGAGAGUGGUAUAGCCAACUGGGAAUCGACCUUGGUCGAGUCAGCUAGCAAUUUAUCAAAACAGAAGGCUGAUUUGGCAGGUGGUUUUGAUUCACUCUUGUUGACUGGUAUGUAUGAUCAGGGGGCAGUGAGGCAGCAUGUAAAUAUUUCUCAACUGAGUGGUGGGAGUGCAAGUAGUGUUUCAUUGCCUGGAAUAGGCAAAAGUACAACACCCGUGUUGGCAUUGCCCGCUCCUGAUGGGACAGUCCAACAAGUCGGACAACAAGAUCCGUUUGCAGCAUCUCUAUCUGUGCCACCACCGUCUUAUGUUCAAAUUGCUGAUAUGGAGAAGAAACAGCAUCUUCUCACACAGGAGCAGCUGCUUUGGCAGCAAUAUGGGAGCAAUGGGAUGCAAGGCCAAUUGGGCUUGGCCAGGGUUGCUGGCAAUGCUGGUUAUUAUGGUGCUGGAUUGUCCUAUGGAAUGCCCCAAGUUACUGGCUUAGGACAGUCGGGGGGUUAUCACCACAUACCAUUCUAA